AUGUAUUUACAGCUGAACCCAGUGCAGAGCGUAGCGGCAGGAUAUCACUCAGACUCUCAUCACAUGUAUUUACAGCUGAACGCAGUGCAGAGCGUAGCGGCAGGAUAUCACUCAGACUCUCAUCACAUGUAUUUACAGCUGAACCCAGUGCAGAGCGUAGCGGCAGGAUAUCACUCAGACUCUCAUCACAUGUAUUUACAGCUGAACGCAGUGCAGAGCGUAGCGGCAGGAUAUCACUCAGACUCUCAUCACAUGUAUUUACAGCUGAACCCAGUGCAGAGCGUAGCGGCCAUGGCAGGAUAUCACUCAGACUCUCAUCACAUGUAUUUACAGCUGAACGCAGUGCAGAGCGUAGCGGCAGGAUAUCACUCAGACUCUCAUCACAUGUAUUUACAGCUGAACCCAGUGCAGAGCGUAGCGGCCAUGGCAGGAUAUCACUCAGACUCUCAUCACAUGUAUUUACAGCUGAACGCAGUGCAGAGCGUAGCGGCCAUGGCAGGAUAUCACUCAGACUCUCAUCACAUGUAUUUACAGCUGAACCCAGUGCAGAGCGUAGCGGCCAUGGCAGGAUAUCACUCAGACUCUCAUCACAUGUAUUUACAGCUGAACCCAGUGCAGAGCGUAGCGGCAGGAUAUCACUCAGACUCUCAUCACAUGUAUUUACAGCUGAAUGCAGUGCAGAGCGUAGCGGCCAUGGCAGGAUAUCACUCAGACUCUCAUCACAUGUAUUUACAGCUGAAUGCAGUGCAGAGCGUAGCGGCCAUGGCAGGAUAUCACUCAGACUCUCAUCACAUGUAUUUACAGCUGAAUGCAGUGCAGAGCGUAGCGGCAGGAUAUCACUCAGACUCUCAUCACAUGUAUUUACAGCUGAACCCAGUGCAGAGCGUAGCGGCCAUGGCAGGAUAUCACUCAGACUCUCAUCACAUGUAUUUACAGCUGAAUGCAGUGCAGAGCGUAGCGGCCAUGGCAGGAUAUCACUCAGACUCUCAAAUCUCUCUCUGCUGA